UUAUUAGUUUUGCCUGGACGUCCAGCUCAGCACCUGCUGUCGCUGAUACUGCUGCUGCAAAGCUGCUUUAGCUGUUAGCAGGUAGCCCAGAGCAGCCGUGUAGCUCGUGAUGCCUUCUUUUAUAACACUAAUCUACCUCCGUUACAUCUAAUCUUUGUGAUAUUAAAAUUACACCAUUAUAACAAUGGGGCUUCCGCAGAGCUCGUUUCUGUCUGACGACGGAGCCAACAGUGGAUACCACGUCCACGGGGUACAGAGAGACUCACCUGCUCUGAAGGCUGGUCUGGAGCCUUUCUUUGACUUCAUCCUCUCUAUAGGAAACACCAGACUUAACAAGGAGAACAACUUGCUGAAGGACCUUCUAAAGGCCAAUGUUGAAAAAGUGGUCAGACUCCAACUGUACAACUCUAAAACACAGCGUGUUAGGGAAGUGGAGGUGACGCCUAGUAACAUGUGGGGCGGUCAGGGUCUUCUCGGGGCCAGCGUCCGCUUCUGCAGCUUCGAAGGAGCCAAUGAGAAUGUGUGGCACGUCCUGGACGUAGAGCCUAACUCUCCUGCAGCGUUGGCUGGACUCAUUGCUCACGAUGACUUCAUCGUUGGAGCCGACCAGGUGUUACAGGACUCUGAAGAUUUCUUCUCAUUGGUUGAAGCCAGUGAAGGGAAACCUCUAAAGCUGCUGGUUUACAAUAAUAAGACAGACCAGUGCAGGGAGGUUGUAGUGACUCCUAAUGGAGCGUGGGGAGGAGAAGGGAGCUUAGGCUGUGGUAUCGGCUACGGCUACUUGCACAGGAUCCCAAGUCGUUCUGUUGAGACGGAAAACCAGAGUGAAAUUAUUGUGGAGCCCACACUCACAAGCAAUACUGAAGAGUCAUUGAUAGGUGCUCAAACUGAGGCACAGUUGGAGGUCGAAUGUAACUUCUCUAAUGUCAAUGAAACGGCUUUGAAUCAGAAUGAAGGAGUUGUGCAGGACUUGUUUGUUCCUUCACCCACACCGCCGCCUUCAAACAUAGAUGUUUCCAUUGUCUCUGAAACUGCAUCUCCAGACAUAUCAACCAGCGACCUCGGCCAAGUCUCUAUGUUGAAUAAUUACGGGGAUGAAACCAGAGAUCAGUGCAGUUUGGAUACCUCGUCCAUUUCCCAGAUACCUCAGUCUCCACCAACAGAAGCUGAAUGUUCAGAUGUUGAGAAAACUGAGCAGGAACCUGGUGUCGACGCAGUUUCUCCAGAAAGAGAAUCUGCGGACGAUUCUGUUGGUCUAGAAGUUACCAGUGAAGCUCUGAGUGACACAAAUCAAUCAGAGACGGGAGACACUGUCCCUGGAACAUCUCCCUCCACCAGUGGUAUGGAGGAGGAGGAGAAGGAGGAAGAGAGGUCAGAACCUGCUGCUACAGACAAUUAAGAGGAUGAAAUCCACCAGUAAGAAGUUACUUGUUCUGUUAAAGUGAAGAGCACACCCCAACAUACACACGUUUAAGAGUUAAUAAUUCUACUGCCCCCUGCUGCAUGCUGAAUGACAUUAAGAGUUGAGAAGAAAGUGUCAAUCCAUAAAACAGUAUGGAUGUAUUUUAUGAUUCAGACAUAGUGUCUGUCAACAUUUAAAAAAACAUGAAGCUGUAGUUGAAUAGAUGAUGUUCAUUCUUAUAUUUUGCACAAAAAAAUCCAAAGGUAAAUAAUGUUGUUCUGCUGCUUUUCUACUGUAAUUAUCUUCUAAAACACUGUUGAAGUAAGUCUAAGCUGGAAUUGAUGCAAAUACAGUAUGUUUUUUAGUAUUUGGGUUGGCGAGGGGCUUGAUUUAAGAUUUUGUGGGUUAGGUUUUAAUCCAAGUCGGAAUAGAUUUUAAUCUCAGGCUUUUAUCAUUGUAGGCUUUGUGUGCUUUGAUUUUUGGUCGGUGUAAAUGAAUGAAUGCACUAGAGACUUAUGUUUGUUCUUUAAAAAAAUGCAAUUUGAUGAUGAUUAUGAUUUUUUUUAUGGUUGGGUGUGAAUAUGCAAGUAUUUAUUAAAAAAGGGUGAAGCUAUCUGAGUCAAAAUGUCAUUAUU